ACUGAGUAGCUACUAUGUGCUAAACUCUGGGAGUAUACUGGUACACAAGACCUACUCAGAGGUCUCACAGAGACCUCACUGAGGAGUUGACAUUAUUCUGGAAAAAAAGGGAGGGACAAGCCGAGGUGAAGGAAAGCUUCCCAGCAAGGAAGAAACACCAAUAUCUGGAGGGAAAAGAAUGUUAAGAAAAAACAAAAUAUUAAUUUUUAAAUACUUUCUUAAUCUCAUUAAUGGAGCUUUCUUGGUUCUUGGACUUUUAUUAUUGGGAUUUGGUGCAUGGCUUUUAUUAGAUAGAAAUAUUUUUUUCACAGCUUUGGAUAAAAAUAAUCAUCUGAUAGUAUAUAUUUUUCAAAUUUUGACUGGAACUGGAUCUGCUAUUGUUCUUCUUUGUCUCUUGGGUUAUUUGGGAAUUCACAAUGAAAUCAGAUGGCUCCUAAUCCUGUAUGCGGCACUGUUAAUGUGGGCCUUUGGUGUUCAAGUUGUACUUUCAGGAUUCAUCUUCACAAAGAAAAAAGAGAUUCACCAAGUAUGGCAUGAUAAAGUUGACUUAAUCAUUGCUGAGUAUGGAUCUAAAGAUAUGCCUGAAGAUAUACCCAAGUGGACUUUUCUGAAUGCUUUACAGAAAACAUUGCAGUGUUGUGGCCAGUACAAUUACACAGACUGGAUAAAGAAUAAAAAUAAAGAAAAUUCAGAACAGGUUCCAUGUUCUUGCACAAAUUCUACAUUAAGAAAGUGGUUUUGUGAUGAGCCACUGAAUGCAACUUACCUAGAGGGUUGUGAAAAUAAAAUCAACACAUGGUAUAACGCUAAUGCUUUAACAUUAACUGGAAUUAACUUCGGACUUUUGGCUUCAGAGGUUUUGCAAAUCACAUUAACUGUUUCUUUCUUCAGACACAUCAAGAAUAAAGUAUAUGCAAAAAUGUGA